ACACGGCAGUUCCAAGCAGUUCGUCUCAAGCAGUGCGAGGUGUAACGUGUGUGUGUGGUGCGCGCGAUCCUGACGUUUUUCGCCUUGAUCAGCGGUUGCGUAUUCGGUACGUGAUGCCGGCGGCGCACCUGACGCUGCGCGAGGAGGAUGUGAUACGACUAACGUUGGAGUUCCUCCAUAGCCGCGACCUUCACAUCUCGCAGCUCUCGUUGGAACGCGAGACGGGCGUGAUAAAUGGUCAAUACAGCGACGACGUCCUCUUCCUUCGCCAGCUGAUCCUCGACGGACAAUGGGACGACGUGCUCGAGUUCAUUCAGCCAUUGGAGGCGUUGCCCGACUUCGACAUGAGAAAGUUCACCUACUCGAUCCUCAGGCACAAGUACGUCGAGCUGUUGUGCAUCAAAUCCGAGGCGAACCUGAUCGCGGCUGGAACGAAUGGAAGUGUAGACAAUGCGGUCUCGGAGGUAGUCAAGGUUCUCACCGACCUCGAGAAGGUCGCCCCAUCCAAAGAAGAGUACAGCAGCCUGUGUCUGUUGCUGACCUUGCCACGGCUCACGGACCAUCUCCAGUAUAAGGACUGGAAUCCGAGCAACGCGAGAGUUCAAUGCUUCCGCGAAGUGCAUCCGCUGGUGGAAAAGUUCCUGCCCGGCGACAGAAAGAGCACCGAUCCCGCCCAUCCGGUUACCUCGGCGAAAAACGAUCGGCUCAUACAGCUGAUCAUUAAAGGCAUUUUGUACGAGUCCUGUGUCAAUUACUGUCAGGCCAAAGCUACAGGCUCGAAGGAGAGCGAACAGGUGGAAAUGAAUUUUUCUCGGCUUUUAGACGGUUCCGUCGGCUUCAGCGACUCCGAUUUAAGUUUACUAUCGUGGCUGCAAAGCAUACCACCAGAUACGUUCGCAGUGCCUUUCGCCCAGCGAACGUUAAACGUGGACGUGGAGCGUCUUGAGAGACCAUCCCUGGAGACCUCCUGGACCGAGCACAUGUUGAUCACACCCAUAAAGCCGAAAACCUUCCCGCACAGCGCGAUGCCGUUUACCAGACCGCGGUCCGCAGCCGAUAUGAUGUCUCGCAGUCUGGUGCCAGCUUUAGAAGCUGGACUCGGACCAAGGAGUCCGGGACCUAAAAAUACUCCGAUACCAUCUGCGGCGUUGAUGGCGUUAUCCAUCGGUGAUAUAACACCGAUGUCAAGAUCCUCUUUCGCGAGCUUCCAUCUAACCGGUUUCAAGAACAACAAGCUGAUGAACACGAGCGUGGACAGGCUGUUCGAAAACGAAGGCGAUGUCUUCCUUAGCUCGAGCUACGCCGAGUUCCAGCAGUUGCCUUCUAUACAAGAAACAACGAUGAACAGUCAGCCGAAAGCACCACCGAGGACGAGAACGCACUCGAAGAGUCCCGAAGCUAUUAGAGCUGAGCCUUCUGCAGCCUCCACGCCGGAGCGUAGAGUAGCUGGCAGAGAAUCCCCGGCUCCAUCCACCGCCAGAAGUUCCAGAAGAGACUCGCUGGCGGAGAAGCCGACUGGAGUCGCCGCAAAGAUCACGGAACCCACCGCAAUCCCCGUUCGAGCUUCCCUUGGCGGAGAACACCUCGAGCAAAGUUACAAUGGUGACUUGUUCAAAGAGUACCAAAAACAAAAGCAGAGGCUGCAAGAAAAGUUCCACGAGAGGGAAAGGGAAUGGGACGAUUUGGUCAGACAAUUGUCGGCUCCGCUGCCCCCGCAGGUGGUCGAUAACAGACUUCAACAGGGUGACGGCUUAAAACAACCUUUGGGAAGUAAAGGGCCUUCACCUGUUCACACGAGCGCGCCUACUCGGUCUGGUAUCCAGUCGCCGAAGCCUACGAUCAAUGGAUCGGAGCCUGUUGUGAGACAGAACUCGGUGUUAGGCACUCCUUACGAUUCCAGAGUGCAAGAAAGCCACUACGAUGUCGUCAAGCCAAUAAAGGUAAGUCAAUAAAACGUUCAUAGUUAUUACAUAACAAUAAAAAUAGCUUAACCAAUCAAUGCAACAAUACAAACAGUCUAAUUCUUCGAGUUUAUUAACUUUUUUUAUGCAUGAUCUUGACUAAUUGAUUUACGAUUGGUUGCGAUUAAGAGAUCAAAUAAAAUCAAUGUAUUACAA